AUGAGCCUGCAAAAAACGCUUCAGGCGGUCAAUAUUCUGGGAAUUCUCUGCCAAAUUGCCCCCACGGCAUGGCACAUCAAACGACGCAACUACAUGGCUCUGUCGCUCUUCUUCACGCUCUUUGUGGGCCAGCUCAUGAUGCUCAUCAACGCCUCGGUGUGGGGAGGAGACGACUUUGAAACUGUGUGGGACGGCUGGGGCUACUGCCAGCUAGCCGUGCGGGUUCUCAGUGCCCUUGAUACAAUCAUCAUGUGCUGCUCAAUAGCCACCAUCAGGGCUCUCUGUCUCAUUCUGAGAGACGGUGGAGGCCCUGUCCGGAGCUGGAAAACGGUCACGGCCGAGCUUCUCAUCUGCUGGGGCUUCCCCAUCCUGUUUAUGGCCCUCACCGUCCUUCUUGACGUGGGUCCAUACGCUCUAGUCAAGUACCAGGGCUGCAUUGCGCUGUUUGGCGAAUCCUGGGUCAUGUUUAUCAUCUACCAGCUGCGCAGACCGCUUCUGGGGAUCAUUGCCUUCAUCUACGCCACGCUGUGUAUCUACAGAGUCUACAAGAAGCGAAAGGACUUUAGGGACAUUCUGGCAACAUCUAACACGGGUCUGAAUACGUCGCGGUUCACCCGGCUGUUGCUUCAUGCCAUUGGAGUGAUCAUGAUAGUGCUGCCCGUCAAUCUCACCGUCUUUGUCAUCGACCUGACCCAGAUGAUCUGGCAACCAUACUCGCUAUACGACUACAGACAUACGUCGCUGUGGGACGACGAAAUCUACCGCAUCGACAGCGACCGGAUUUCCUGGUGGUUGUGGAUCUACCUGCCCAUCAGUCUGCUCACCUUCAUUUUCUUUGGGACUGGAAAAGACGCUCUCGUAAUGUACACCUCUGUCAUCCGAAAACUCACCUUCCAGAAGGAGGAGAUUCCCGGGGUUGCUGAGCUCAGAUCGCGCAACAGAUACGCUCCCCCAGACGAGAGGCUGUUUCGAGAGAAACCUCGCCGUCGAAAUCGGUUCUCGUGGUUCUCCAAGUCCUCAGAUAAGACUCUUCCUUUCGAUAACAUGGGCGAACCUGUGACAGUGUCGGUGACUUCGUUCAAGGCCCUGGACAGUCUGGACUCACCCACCACCCCGGUUAACACAGACAUCAUGUCCAACGUGCUCGAGGUGGAAAAGAAGGUCUAG